GCACGAAAUCAGCUCCAACUAAAGAGCUUCCCCUCUCCCUCCGUCCCCCUCCCCGCCACCACCUUUUCUUCUCUCCUCUACACCUCGUGCUCUUGGAAAUCAGCCCUACACGGCAACUACUGAUCUACCUGUGCCAUUGAGACCCGAGUAGAUCGAACACCACGUACGCCCUAUCGCGCCACCCAUCUGAAACUGGUCGCCCUCCCGGGCCUUCGAUACCCUUCACCUUCCCCCUUCACAAUCAUGGCUUCCUUGCUUCGACGACCAGGCAACCUGGCCCGGUACUCGAGGAGAGUAGCCGACAGCGUCUUCCGCGCCGGGCCGCUCACCGUGCAUGCCCCCCAAUCCCGAGUCUCGGCCCUGAUCCUCGCGCAGCGAGCGCGCACAUACGCCACGCAGCAACCCGGCGACAACGCUCCGAAGCCGCCAGCCAACGGGAAUGGCCAGAACAAGAAGACGGAAGGCACCGAUGGUCAAUCUGGCAAUGCCAAGGCGAAGAACACCCCCCAGCACGCCAUCACGCCCGAAGACGAGCAGCUGCUCAAUCGGUUCGUCGAGGAGAUGAAGACACGGAUGGAUUUCGAGCCUGCCAAAUCAAUGGUGGAGGAAAUGCGACAAAAGUGCAUGGUCUGCGGCUUAAAUCCAGACAUGAGGUCUUAUAUGGAACAGGUUGUCCAAGGGAAGACUCCGUCGAUGAUGAAAUUCAUCAAAUUCGCCAGGGAUGUGAGCAAUAUCUAUGAUAAGCAUGCGGAGUAUGUGCAACAAUCUUCAGACGCCAACGAGGGAUCUUCACAGAAAGCUACCGAUGGCAAAGAAGAUCCUGAAUCUCCUAGUCCUCGGCACCAGGAGUUCUUGGAGGAACUGAAGGCCCUUGAAACAGAGCUCAAAGCCACACGGCAGGCGUUCAGAAAAAAGUGGGGAGAGGAUCCCACGAAACACCCGAAGGCGGAACUUGAAGCCAUGGAGAAAGAGAUGGAGGGCAAGCGGGACGAGUUUCAAAAGAAAUACACAGACCCCAGCAAAUACACCAAGGCGGACAUUCGAGAAAUGAAGGAACAUGUGGACAAUCUAUAUAAAAGAAGGGAAGAAAACCGGGCGAAAUCUGGGAAAGGUUCGGGGCAGAAAAAUGAUAAAGGACAGCAACCCAAUGGCGACGUACCGAAGUUCAGCGAGAUCAAACUUGAUGUGCCGUCAAUCUUGAUCGGUACCCUCGUUCUUUUCUGGUUCUAUACUAGCCUGUUCCCUUCAGAGAACAAACAGGAUAUCACUUGGCAGGAGUUUAGAGCGGAUUUCCUCGAGAAGGGCUUGGUGGAGAAGCUAGUUGUGAUCAACAACAAUCGAGUGCGAGUUUACCUGGAUCGGGAUGCGGCUGCCACCGUAUAUCCCGGCUCGCCUGCUCAGAACGGCAGCUUUUACUAUUUCUUCAGCAUCGGUUCUGUCGACAGCUUUGAACGGAAACUUGAUGCAGCGCAGGAGGAACUUGGUAUUCCAAGCACGGAGCGGAUUCCCGUUCAAUAUUCUGAGGAGGUUCCAUUGGCAGCUACGCUUUUGUCUUUUGCUCCUACGGUCCUUCUUCUUGGCGGUCUCUUUUUCCUGUCGAGACGUGCAGGCGGCGGAGGUGGCCAGAGCGGUAUUUUCGGCAUUGGCAAAAGUCGGGCCAAACGGUUCAACCACGAGUCGGACAUCAAGAUCAAGUUUUCUGAUGUGGCUGGCAUGGACGAAGCGAAAGUGGAGAUCAUGGAGUUUGUUAGCUUUUUGAAGAACCCUAAGAAGUUUCAAAAGCUGGGAGCCAAGAUUCCUCGCGGUGCUAUUCUUUCGGGCCCUCCUGGUACAGGUAAGACCUUGCUUGCCAAGGCUACUGCUGGUGAAUCCGGCGUUCCCUUCUUCAGCGUCAGCGGCUCUGAAUUCGUCGAAAUGUUUGUUGGUGUUGGUCCUUCGCGUGUGCGCGACCUCUUUGCCAAUGCCCGUAAGAACACUCCCUGCAUCAUCUUCAUCGACGAGAUCGACGCUAUCGGCAAAGCGCGUUCCAAGAACCAGAUGGGUGGUGGAAAUGAUGAGCGCGAGAGUACUUUGAACCAAAUUCUUACCGAAAUGGAUGGUUUCAACACUACUGAUCAAGUGGUCGUGUUGGCUGGUACGAACCGACCCGACAUUUUGGACAAGGCUUUGAUGCGUCCCGGUCGAUUCGACCGACAUAUUUCCAUCGACAGACCUACCAUGGAUGGUCGCAAGCAGAUCUUUGCCGUUUAUCUGAAGAAAAUCGUGACCAAUGAGGAUAUCGAGUACUUGAAAGGACGACUUGCGGCCUUGACCCCUGGAUUUGCCGGUGCUGAUAUCGCGAACUGUGUGAACGAAGCGGCACUCGUUGCGGCCCGUGAAAAUGCGGAGAGCAUCACAAUGAAGCACUUCGAGCAGGCGAUCGAGCGUGUAAUCGGUGGCCUGGAAAAGAAGUCACUUGUACUCUCUCCUGAGGAGAAGCGUACAGUUGCAUACCAUGAGGCUGGACACGCUAUCUGUGGCUGGUACUUCCGUUGGGCCGAUCCUCUUCUCAAGGUUUCUAUCAUCCCCCGUGGUCAGGGAGCCUUGGGCUACGCGCAGUACUUACCUUCCAACGGUGAUACCUACUUGAUGAACCAGAAGCAGAUGAUGGACCGUAUGGCAAUGACGCUUGGUGGCCGUGUCAGCGAAGAACUGCACUUCGAUACCAUCACCACUGGCGCCAGUGACGAUUUCAACAAAGUAACCAGGAUGGCCACAGCCAUGGUGACCAAGUAUGGCAUGUCUCCUAGUCUUCGUUAUAUCUUCUACGAGGAGGACCCUCAAUCGCAGAUGCACAAGCCUUUUUCGGAAGAAACAGCGCGCAAUAUUGACAUGGAAGUCCGUUCAAUCAUCGCCAAGGCACACAAGCAAUGCCGCGACCUCCUGGAGGCUAAGAAGAAGGAAGUCGGCAUCGUGGCCGAAGAGCUUCUGGCCAAAGAAGUUCUCAGCCGAGACGAUAUGAUUCGUCUUUUGGGCCCGCGGGAAUGGCCCGACUCAGGCGAGUUCGCCAAAUACUUCGAUGGUCGCUCCGGCGCCACGAUUGCUCCCCCCGAACCGACACAGACGGACGACAGCGCCCAAGGAAAGGAUGGACGUGACUCAACACCACUCCCACCAUAGAUCGUCGCUAUCACUCAACCUUCCGGUUGCUACCACGGAUUUCUCAUCUGGCUGUAACCGUUCAUCGUUUUUCUUUUUUUGUGUCUAUUUGGAGCAGGGAAUACUUUCAUGGCUGAUGAGGGGAACAUACAUCGCUUUUUUCUUUUUCUUUUUUUUUUUUUCCCUUUUCGAUUCCUUCCAUCUUGUUCAGGUCUUGUAUCUAUUUUUCUUGAUUUUCCAGUCACGGAGCAUCUCCUUUCAAUCUUCUUUCAAAUCGUUUUCUGGAGGGGGCUCAAUACAUCCCACACUCCUUCAAAUCUA